GUCACACUUUCGCUUGGGAUCCCCACGGCGCUCGUGAAUGAGUCAUGGAAGCUGCCGAGCGGGACGCGAAGACUUUAGAAAGCGAAGAGUCAAAUCCAGAAGACAAUGCGGAUAGAGUCAAGAUGCAUGAAUCAGCUCAGCGAGUGGACAGAUUUGCGAAGGUGCAUUUUCGUUCUAUGGUUGGCAUCAAAUUUAUGGGCCUACUGGCAUUGGCAUCCUUGUUGGCAGUUGAGUGGGUCUCUGAGGUCCGGUCAGAUGAGUCGCAGCGGGUCAUCGAGCUCACCAGCUUGGGGAAGGAUGUUCAGCUUUAUGACCUGGUGUUGACCACCUCUGCCCGAAUGCUGACGCUCACGGGAGAUAUACAUCACCGAGACAACUAUUUUCUCAAAGUUGAGCCUUUAGAGGACGCUCUCCGUGGCAUUGAAAUGAAAGCCCCGGAGAUUGCAUCCAAGUUCAAUGACCUCACUGUAGUUGCCAACGACAAGCUAAUUGCUUUGGAGGGAGAGGCUUUGGAUCUCGCUGCAACCAAUCGCACCGCAGCAACUGCAGUUCUUUUUGGCAAAGAGUACCUGGCCAACAAGGAGCUGCUCGCAAAUGGGCUUGCAGUUCUGGACCGUCUCAUAGGUGAGUCUCGUGAAAGCCACGAAGCAACUCAAACCUGGUGGUCGUGGGUAAGUACCUCCGUGGUCAUAGCGGCUUUUCUCAGCGAGGUGAUGCUGAUGGUGGUUGUGCACAGAUUGGAUCGCCGCCUCGAAAUGCUAUCCUUAGAGAGUGAUGUGUACCAAAACAGGUAUGACCUGUGGUUGCGCAAGCAACUAUUAGAUUCCGCAGCGUCAACAAUGAAAAUGUUGCAGAUCAAAAAGUCAAGGCAAACCCUUGACAGGUCCCUGACCGUGCCACAAAUCCACGAAGACAAGACACCUCGUCUCAUCAUGCGGAGAAGGCUCUUCGUUUUGUCCAUGAUGGCUGAGGGCUUGGCACUCUCAGGCUUCGCCAUUCCGGCCACGCUGACUUUGAUCGCAUUGAACAAUGCACAAACAGCAGAGCCCCUCCAGAAGCUGCUCCUCCACGCGAAGAGCACUGAGUUCUAUGAUAUGGCGCUCACCACCAGUGCCCAGCUUUGUGUGCUGACUGGCGAUACGACAUGGGCACAGCUUUACGACGGCUACGUGGCCCCUAUGGAUGAUACGCUGCUGGGGCUGUCGGAGGUGGCUCCUGGCAUUGCGGACACCUUUGCCAGCAGCACUUCCACAGCCAACACCUUCCUGAUUGAUUUGGAGACGGUGGCGCUGGAGAACUGCGGAGUUGACAAUCGGCGUGGCACGGAGAUCCUGUUCGGCCCGGCCUACUCUGGGAACAAGACGGUGCUCCUGCAGGGUAUCAAAGAUAUCACCCACGCUGCAGAGGUAGCGCUGAAAGAUCAUGAGGACCACAAGGAAGAGCACACGAACAUGGCGCGUGUGUUACUCAUCAUCAGCACCUUUUUGAUCGUUGCCGCAGAUUUGUGCACCGUGGUCAUCGCUGCUUGGAUGGAAGCUUUGUCUGUGACACACCACAAGGACCUCGAAGAUGCGGAGGUCGAAGCAAAGUUCAUGCGGAAUCUGCUCGCCAUGAUCCAAACUUCGUUGGUCACGCAAUCCGCCAACGCUGGCAACUUUGCGAAUAUAUCGAAUAUGGACUCUAAAUCGGAGGAGUCGAGACUGCUUGUGCAGGCUGGUAUCUACGAUAGCGAAUACGAUGAGCUACACGAAUUCAAAAGACACAUAGCAUCGAUUUGAGACAUCACCAGGUAUGAUUCAGAGCACCAAGCCGCUCUG